AUGGUGGCAGCCUCUCCAAACCCAAUUCACAAUGAAAAGAUCGAGGCCAUUGAGCUCCCCAUCAUCGACCUUUCGGCCGAGAGGUCCCAAGUGAGGAAUCUCAUUGUCAAAGCUUGUGAGGACUACGGUUUCUUCAAGGUCAUCAACCACGGCGUCCCUCAAGACAUUGUAGCCAAACUAGAGGAGCAAAGCCUCAACUUCUUUGCCAAAACAAUGGCCGAGAAGCAAAUAGCCGGGCCAGCCAUUCCCCUCGGUUAUGGCUGCAAGACCAUAGGCUUCAAUGGUGAUAUGGGAGAGGUUGAAUACCUUUUGUUCAACACAAACCCAAUCUCCAUUGCUCAAAGAUCUAAAACAAUCUCAAAUGAGCCUACCAAAUUCAGCUCUGCGGUGAGUGGGUACAUUGAAGCAAUGAAGGACUUGGCAUGUGAGAUUCUGGAUUUGAUUGGUGAGGGAUUGUGGGUCCCAGACACAUCAGUGUUCAGUAGGAUGAUCAGAGACGUCGAAAAUGACUCCUUUUUCAGGCUCAAUCACUACCCACAUCAUGUAAACAAGGACUGCACCAACAACAUCAACAGUAGCUGCAGCAGCAAGGUUGGGUUUGGGGCGCAUAAUGACCCUCAGAUCUUGACCCUCCUCAGAUCCAACGACGUGGGUGGCCUCCAAAUCUCUCCACGAGAUGGGCUGUGGGUCCCUGCUCCUGCUGACCCCACUGCAUUUUGGGUUAAUGUGGGUGACCUGUUGCAGGCCAUGACAAAUGGAAGAUUUGUGAGCGUGAGGCACAGAGCUUUAAACAACUCCUCCAACUCCAAGUCAAGAAUGUCCAUGGCAUAUUUUGCAACUCCACCCCUAAAUGCAUGCAUCAAUGCUCUUCCAGAAAUGGUCACACCAGAGAAGCCUCGUCUCUACAAACCCUUCACUUGGGGUGAGUACAAGAACACUCUUUACUCUCUCCGCCUCGGCGACACCCGGCUAAACCUCUUCAGAGCUUCGACAAACGAUGAACUUGCUUCGUAA